CUUUUGUUUGUGUUUUUAAUAGAACUGAACACAUUAAAUUUCCCCUCUUGGCAUCAUCAGUCUAUGGACUGAAAACAUAGUUCUGAGAUUAUACCUUUCCGAUUUUAUGUUCUGCAAAUCUCGAAGCUCCCUGGAAAUCUACAGGGUACAUCUUUUUUCACCCUCUGAGAUGUGAUCUCCAUAAUAAUAAAACCUAACUCAGCAAUUCAUUGAGUUCAUCACUAUUUAUUGAGUACCUACUGUGUUCGCUGGUAUACUAGAAGCACAGAAGCCUUCUUGAAGGGAAAAAGAAACUCAUGUAUCUAGAGACACCAGGCUGUAUGUGGCACUUUCAUUUAUUCGCCACAUAAAGCCUGGUAUUUCUAGAUCUAUGUGGCAUCAUUUCAUUUAAUUCUCACAACUCUUAAGAAGUAGAUAUUGUUCCAUUUCACAGGUGAGGAAAGAGAUUCUGAAAGUUCCAUAACCUGUCCAAGGUCGUUUGCAUUCGCAGAGGCCAGCACUGAAGUUCAGUCCUGUCUGACUAGACCAUCUGGGUCCUUCCCACUAGAAUACAGUGGGGAGGAGAAAAGGACACUGAUGGAUUAGUCAGUCGACAGCACAGGCAGCAGAUUAUAAAGCUGAACUGUUUGGUUAGAGCAGCUCAGGGCUGGAGAGGGAGGGCUGGCAGGAGGACUUCCUGAAGGAGACAGCCCAGAAGCUCCUUGUAAGGACCUGAGGCUUGGGUAUGGGUGGAGGAGGAAGUGUGAUGUUGGCCCUGGGAGGGGAAUGAAUAAGAGGAGACAGUGGCAGACAGCAUGCCCUGAGGUCAGCCGGGUGGAGGAUGGGAAGCCCGGCAGAGAUGUCUGGACCUGAUGAGGUGGCAGCAGGGAGGCACUCACUGAGUUUAUAACUCCAGGAGGGCCAGAAGCAAUGGCAACACCCGUCACCAAGGGAGAGGAUGACUCAAAGCCUUGGCUGGAAGGAGUGGUGGGUGUGGCUUGGAGCCUGCGGGGGCCAGGCAGGUGCUUUGGGAAGGGUCCAGCCAAGGAGAGUCCGGUCUUCGUCAACCCAGGGGAGGGGGAGCAGGGGAAGGAAUGAGAGACACUAGUAAGAUGGAAUCUGUAGGCUUUGGUGCAGGACGCUUAUGGGGAACAAGGCGCAGGGAGUUGGAUUCUAGAUUGCUUUUGAAGCCUUCCCCAGGUCACAUCACACCGCUGUUCCCAGCCGUUCCAGGUCUUCCUGUUGACUGUAGGAUCAAGUCCAUUCCCCCAAUUUGGCCUCAAUCUAUGUUUUUGGGUUCUUUGCCCACUAGUCUCCUAAAUAAGUCCUCUGCACCCCACAAACCAGUCUCCACCCAACCUCCAGUGCUGCCAGCCUCCUCCACCCCCACCUGGAGCAAUGACGUUCAUGGAUGGCUCCUCCAGCAGUCUCGAAAAAUGAACAUUUUAGGGUUCCACUUUUUGCUGUUGGUGUCCCCCUAAUGCGAACAUCCUGUCCUUGAGGGCUGAUUCUUUUUACAAUAGUGGUCCCAACGGGGGAAGUCAUUUCACUUUUCUGACUUAGUUUCCUUAUCUGCAAAAUGGAGCCAAUAGUCUCAUAGGGUACAGUGCCUGCACACACGCCCAUCCACGGCUGUUCCAGGCCUUUCCUCCACUGCGGGGGGUGCCAGGGGUCCAGAGGAGAGGAGGAGGGGGCCGCUGGACGCUGGGAAAAUGGGAGGACCCCAAGAUCCCUGUAGGGAUCCACGGUAGAGGGGGGGGGGGCUUCUCUGUCCUCUCUAUCCAUUCGGACCUCCGCAUUUCUAAGAACCAGCAUCGCACCAUGUCACUGAGAAAGAGCGCGCACACCAGCCGCCUUUAGAAAGUCACAAAUAGAUUCCUUCAGUGAAUUCAGGACAGACUCCCUGGGGGCAGGUCCCGGGGCGGGAGCCGGUGCGGGUAGUGCAGCGCGGCCCUUAACUGUUUACCAGGAGCGUUUCGCUGACCUCGUCUCCUGGACCCCCUUUCGUGACCCCUCUCAUCACCUCUACUGGAGAGACGAGGACUCCGAGGUUCUGGGGGGCGACGCGACCUGCCCGAAGUGACAAGGGUCCUGGGCCGCACUCCCCCGCCGGGGUCUGCGCUCCUCGGCGGAGCGGGUGGGAACGAUGAGUCCUCGGGGUGGAGAAGGAGGCGCGGGUCCCCGGGUACCGCUCACCCGGCCAUAGGAGCCCGGGAGCGCGCGUAGGGACGCGGAGUUGAGGCUCUCCAUCUGCGGCCGGGGAAAGGGAUACAGUCCCCCGGGCCCCUCCCGGCCGCUCGGAACACACCCCAGGCGCGCCCCCGCGGGGCGCGCGCUCCAGGCGGGGCUGACGGGCUCGGAGGCGCGCGCCCGCUGUCGGGUCCGCCGCGCGCGCUCCCUCGGCUCCCCUCCCCCGCCCCUCCCGGGCCCGCGCGCUCCCCGAGUCCGCCGCGCGCGCGCCUCGCGUCGCUCCCCAUCUCCGCCCCUCCCGCCGCCACCCCGCCCCCGGCCGGGUACCCUCGCCGGACCCGAGAGAGAGCGCCGCCGCCAUCUUAGUUGCUGCCGCUGCCUCCAGCAAGGCGCUGCUCCGAGGCGGGGAGGGCGCCGCAUCCCGAGCGCGCGGCCCAGCGUCACGGCGGCGGCGGCGGCGGCUCCUCCUUGGACCCCCGGAGCUCGCCGCGCCGCGGAGCAGCCAGCCCCAGGCCCCUGGAGCCCCGAGAGCUCUGAGAGCUCCGCUCGGCGUCCCGCGCGCCUCCCUGCCGCUCCCGCCCCGGGCUGGCGAUGCUGCGCCGCCCCGCGCCCGCGCUGGCCCCGGCCGCCCGGCUGCUGCUGGUCGGGCUGCUGUUCGGCGGCGGGGUCUGGGCCGCGCGAGUUAACAAGCACAAGCCCUGGCUGGAGCCCACCUACCACGGCAUAGUCACAGAGAAUGACAACACGGUGCUCCUCGACCCCCCGCUGAUCGCGCUGGACAAAGAUGCGCCUUUGCGAUUUGCAGGUGAGAUUUGUGGAUUUAAAAUUCACGGGCAGAAUGUCCCCUUUGAUGCAGUGGUAGUGGAUAAAUCUACUGGUGAGGGAGUCAUUCGCUCCAAAGAGAAACUGGACUGUGAGCUGCAGAAAGACUAUUCAUUCACCAUCCAGGCCUAUGAUUGUGGGAAGGGACCUGAUGGCACCAACGUGAAAAAGUCUCAUAAAGCAACUGUCCAUAUUCAGGUGAACGACGUGAACGAGUACGCGCCCGUGUUCAAGGAGAAGUCCUACAAAGCCACGGCCAUCGAGGGGAAGCAGUACGACAGCAUUUUGAGGGUGGAGGCCGUGGAUGCCGACUGCUCCCCUCAGUUCAGCCAGAUUUGCAGCUACGAAAUCAUCACUCCAGACGUGCCCUUUACGGUCGACAAAGAUGGUUAUAUAAAAAACACAGAGAAAUUAAACUAUGGGAAAGAACAUCAGUAUAAGCUGACCGUCACCGCCUAUGACUGUGGGAAGAAGAGAGCCGCAGAAGAUGUUUUGGUGAAGAUCAGCAUUAAGCCCACCUGCACCCCCGGGUGGCAAGGAUGGAACAACAGGAUUGAGUAUGAGCCGGGCACAGGAGCGUUGGCCGUCUUUCCAAAUAUCCACUUGGAGACAUGUGACGAGCCAGUUGCCUCAGUACAGGCCACAGUGGAGCUAGAAACCAGCCACAUAGGGAAAGGCUGCGACCGAGACACCUACUCGGAGACGUCCCUCCACCGGCUCUGUGGUGCGGCCGCGGGCACUGCCGAGCUGCUGCCAUCCCCGAGUGGCUCCCUCAACUGGACCGUGGGCCUCCCCACCGACAAUGGCCACGACAGCGACCAGGUGUUUGAGUUCAACGGCACCCAGGCAGUGAGGAUCCCGGAUGGCGUUGUGUCGGUCAGCCCCAAAGAGCCGUUCACCAUCUCGGUGUGGAUGAGACAUGGGCCAUUCGGCAGGAAGAAGGAGACAAUUCUUUGCAGUUCUGAUAAAACAGAUAUGAAUCGGCACCACUACUCCCUCUACGUCCACGGGUGCCGGCUGAUCUUCCUCCUCCGUCAGGAUCCUUCUGAGGAGAAGAAAUACAGACCUGCAGAGUUCCACUGGAAGUUGAAUCAGGUCUGUGAUGAGGAAUGGCACCACUACGUCCUCAAUGUGGAAUUCCCAAGUGUGACUCUCUAUGUGGAUGGCACGUCCCACGAGCCCUUCUCUGUGACUGAGGAUUUCCCGCUCCAUCCAUCCAAGAUAGAAACUCAGCUUGUGGUGGGGGCUUGCUGGCAAGAGUUUUCAGGAGUUGAAAAUGACAAUGAAACUGAGCCUGUGACUGUGGCCUCUGCAGGUGGCGACCUGCACAUGACCCAGUUUUUCCGAGGCAAUCUGGCUGGCUUAACUCUCCGUUCUGGGAAACUCGCGGAUAAGAAGGUGAUCGACUGUCUGUAUACCUGCAAGGAGGGGCUGGACCUGCAGGUCCCCGAAGAUAGUGGCAGAGGCGUGCAGAUCCAAGCACACCCCAGCCAGUUGGUAUUGACCUUGGAGGGAGAAGACCUCGGGGAAUUGGAUAAGGCCAUGCAGCACGUCUCGUACCUGAACUCCAGGCAGUUCCCCACGCCCGGAAUUCGCAGGCUCAGAAUCACCAGCACAAUCAAGUGUUUUAACGAGGCCACCUGCAUUUCGGUCCCCCCAGUAGAUGGCUCCGUGAUGGUUUUACAGCCCGAAGAGCCCAAGAUCAGCCUGAGCGGCGUCCACCAUUUUGCCCGAGCGGCUUCUGAAUUUGAAAGCUCAGAAGGGGUGUUCCUUUUCCCUGAGCUUCGCAUCAUCAGCACCAUCACAAGAGAAGUGGAGCCUGAAGGGGACGGGGCUGAGGACCCCACAGUUCAAGAAUCACUGGUGUCCGAGGAGAUCGUGCACGACCUGGAUACCUGUGAGGUCACGGUGGAGGGAGAGGAGCUGAACCACGAGCAGGAGAGCCUAGAGGUGGACAUGGCCCGCCUGCAGCAGAAGGGCAUCGAAGUGAGCAGCUCUGAGCUGGGCAUGACCUUCACAGGUGUGGACACCAUGGCCAGCUACGAGGAGGUUUUGCACCUGCUGCGCUAUCGGAACUGGCACGCCAGGUCCUUGCUUGACCGGAAGUUUAAGCUCAUCUGCUCAGAGCUGAAUGGCCGCUACAUCAGCAACGAAUUUAAGGUGGAGGUGAACGUAAUCCACACGGCCAACCCCAUGGAACACGCCAACCACAUGGCUGCCCAGCCGCAGUUCGUGCACCCGGAACACCGCUCCUUCGUCGACCUGUCAGGCCACAACCUGGCCAACCCCCACCCGUUUGCAGUUGUCCCCAGCACUGCGACCGUUGUGAUUGUGGUGUGCGUCAGCUUCCUGGUGUUCAUGAUUAUCCUGGGGGUAUUUCGGAUCCGGGCCGCACAUCAGCGGACCAUGCGGGAUCAGGACACCGGGAAGGAGAACGAGAUGGACUGGGACGACUCCGCCCUGACCAUCACCGUCAACCCCAUGGAGACCUAUGAGGACCAGCACAGCAGUGAGGAGGAGGAGGAAGAGGAGGAGGAAGAGGAGAGCGAGGACGGCGAGGAAGAAGAUGACAUCACCAGCGCAGAGUCGGAGAGCAGCGAGGAGGAGGAGGGGGAGCAGGGCGACCCACAGAACGCAACCCGGCAGCAGCAGCUGGAGUGGGAUGACUCCACCCUCAGCUACUGACCCGCGCCCCGGCCACCUCGGUUUCUGCUUUCGAAGACUCUGCUGCCAUCCGUUCUCCCAGUCCCAAGGGUCCACGAUGUACAAAGUCAUUUCGGCCAGUAGGUGUGCAGACCCCUUCCCGCCACGAUCGUCGCCGUGCUUGGUGUGUAGGACCCUAGGCUCCCCGCCCGCCCUCUGCCUGGUCGCGCUCUUCAGUCCCACGAGGAGCUGACACGUCAUCUCUGGCCACCAUCCGGCUCGCACAGGGGCCUCGCAGCGCCUCAGGCCCCGUGUUUGUGUCUGGAGUCUCCCCCCGGGGAGAGGACGCUGGCCCCUCGCACUCCAGAAAAGCCAUGCCAGCUGGACUCGUUGACAAAGGGUAAAACAUGCUCACUCCCACCCGGUAAUCAUUUUUUUCUUUUUUUAAAAAAAGUUUUUAUUUUUUCCAAACUAGUGCAUGUAUAAAUAAUGGCAGGAUGGGGGGUACUGUGUAGAUGAUUAACUGACUUUUUAAUAUUUUGUAAAUAAAUCGGAUUCCUUGUGUCCUUUGUGCUAGUGUAACCCGGGACUGGAAUGUAAAGUGAAGCUCUGAGCACGGGCUCUUCCCGCCGGGCCCUCCGUCCCCAGACCCCAGAAGGAGAGGCCCACCCCACCCAGCCCCACCCCAGCCCCGCCCCAGCCCCUGCUCAGGUCUGAGUGUGGCUGGGAGUCGGGGGCCACAGGCCUCUAGCUAUGCUGCUCAAGAGACCAGAUCAGGGACCGCUCUUUGGUAGCUACAAGUAGCCGGGCCUUGCCUUUGGGAUUCUACCUGUUCCUAAUUUGGUGUGGGGCGUGGGGUGCGGGGGUCCCCGGCUCCUUUUCCACACUUCUCCUCCGACAGCAGCUCCCUGGGCAGUGGCCUGGUCUCACCGUGUGCAGCCUUGUGGUUUAUGCUUAGAUGUACAUUUUCCUGCUGGUAAAAGGAGAAACUGACAGGUGUCCUGCAGACCGUCUGACCACUCCCUUCGGAGACGGCAGGAGGCCUAAGCGAUCCGUACUCAGAACGUCCAGCAGAGACCCAUGGCCCGAAGUCAAAGUGCUGGAAUUUUCCAAAACAGCCUGUUCUCUCCUCUCUCCUCCCCAGAGCCCCCCCUGCCAUCAGGGGGGUUGAAAUCCCUCUCCCCCAGGAGCCCUGCUGCUUUGCUUGGUGGUAGGGCAGAAGGAGAGCAAACGGUCAUGGUCUAAAACCCACAUAGCACUUUGCUCUUAGUUACAUGUAAAAUUUUAGAUUUCUAAAACGGGUGGGCAAUCAUUUUGAAUACUGUUCUGUGACCCUGACUGCUAGUUCUGAGGACACUGGUGGCUGUGCUAUGUGUGGCCAUCCUCCAUGUCCCGUCCUUGUAGCUGCUCUGUUUAGACAGCGGACAGACGCUCACGCCCAGGGGAUGUCCUCACGCUGUCGCCGCGCGGUCUCCCUUCGCAGAUGUGUAUACUGAUGAUAGGUCAGAAAGUGUAUCCGCUACAAUAAAGUUCUGGUUCUAACUAA